GCUGUCACACACCAGAGAUCUUUUUUUAAAACACGUUCUCUGAAGUCAUGUAGUCCUUAUACAUAGAAAAUAACAGGUUUUGAAAGAGGAUGGACUUAUUUUAUGUUUACAAUGAGCUAAUCUUUUGAAUAUUUGGUCAUUUUUUACCAGCUAAGAUGGGCAUCUGGUCUCACAAACUGUACAUUGCUACGUGCACAGUGAUGAGCCUCCUCCUCGGUGUGUUUUCUCAUGAGGUGACGGUGAUCGACUCUCAACUGAAGCGCUGUGAGGAGGACCAGCGGGUGUGUGUCACUGACCUUGGACACUGUGGCUCUCCAACACCUUCAUCUAUACAAAAGACACUGAACAUGUCCUGUUACUACCAGAUAUCACACAGAUCUAUGACAUGUGAGUUGAAGCAAGAUUCAGACAGCCACAUUGAGUCUGACGUCUCUCUCCUCUUCAGCAGCGUACAUACAAUCAUCUCCUGUCAGGGAAUAUUCACACCAGCAGCGGUCCUCUCCGUAACCGCCAGGAUCAAAAACUACAUGCUGAUGAAGGAGAUCUGGACCCGACCUCUCACUGUGUUUCUUAAAGAUUCAAUCAAACCCUCUCCGCCUGUAUUAACUGUACUUGGCUCCACUGAGGACUCUGUUGAUGUGUCAUGGAGAAGCAGCAGUUACGGCAGCUGUCAGCUUCGCUACAGAACGAACAAUACUCACAAAUGGAUCCUGGCUCCUGAUUCUGUCCCGUCACAUCAGGAUCAGACAUUGAACUACAGGAUGAAAGACCUCCUGACCUUUACCUUGUACCAGGCUGGCGUGGCCUGCAGAGAGGAACCCGGCUUCUUGAGCGACUGGAGUUCUGACGUCAGCGCGAGGACGCUGGAACGGGCGCUGUCCAGGCCUCCAGAGGUGUGUUAUAGAGUGGAGGAAACAGACUCUGAUGGAUCCUAUCUGCUUUAUCUCAUGUGGAAGCAUCUCGACCUCCCUGGUACCAGAGUUCGUAUCCAUGGAUACCAGGUGAGCUACAAGCUGGUGAAGAAUCAGCAGGCGCAGGACAGAUUCACUCAAAAUGUCACCGGGUCAAUGGCGCUCCUGGUGGUGAAGGAGGGGAACUACAGAGUCACAGUUUCAGCUUUCAACACGGCUGGCUAUGGACCUGCUGCUCAUCUCAGCAUUGACACACAAAGACAAAAUGCUCUUCCGCCAGUCAGCAGCUUGUGGGUUUCCAGUUCUCUCCCGGUUAUGAAAAGCCUUCUUGUCCAAUGGGAGAACCCCAAGGUCCUGCCCUCCGUCCCACCCGUCAGUCAUCUUGCCAUUCAUUGGCGUACCGAGACUCGUCCAUCUACUAGCCGUGGGACCACAGUGGGCAACUUCACCACCUCCACUGUCAUACAAGAUGUUAACCCUGAGGACUCCUACCUGAUUACUGUGUUCCCCGUCUAUAACCAGCAGUGUGGAUCUCCUCAGUCGCUGCCUGCCAGUCUGCAGCAGGGAGCUCUUUUGGAGGCGGUCCAACUGAAGGUGGUGGGCGUGACCAAGACGACAGUAAAGGUGGAGUGGGUGUGGCAAAGGAAGGCUGGAACAGUCACAGAGAACAGAUACAGAGUGAUGCUGAGGAGAGACUCAGAGAGACAAACUCUGUCUCUGUGGCCGGACCAAUGGCAGCUCACCUUCAUCAACCUGAAACCCAACACUGAGUAUUCUCUUCUCCUAUUGGUUGAUAAUGCAACUAGAAACAUCAUCCCUGUGAAAACAAACGUUGAUGAGGUGCCAGCGGUGGCUACAGCAACGCCUCUGCUGCUGCUGGCUCUUACUGUAUUCAUCAUUUCAAUCCUGUCCAGGACUGUGUACAAGUCGUAUUUCUUUCCGCCCAUCCCCAGCCCUCGGGGCAGUACGACAGGCCAGUGGCUGAUGGACCCUAAUCACCAUAAAACUGCAGAGAGAAACAUCCUUCAUAUUGAGGACUUCCAGGUGAUGGAUGUACUUGGUGAGAAUGGUCUCAUCACGAUUGGACCAAACUUCAAGUCCUCCUAUGAAGAGGACCUCAAUGAAAACAACUCUCCGCUGUCAAUCAGCCAACUCAGCACUAAACCGUCAGCCCUGGAAGUGGACACAGACUAUAUUCCUGAUGCUCCAGUGACAACAGAACACCCACUCAUUCCUCUCCAGUCCUAUGAAGCUGACUAUGGAUUGAACUAUCGAAGAUGUGACAGAGUUUUCACAUCUGAGGAGAGUCGAGAGGCCGAUGCUGCUCAACUGAGUCCAAAACAUGAAGCCAACGUCUGCUUUCCAGAGGUGGAGCACCGACCAGACGACUUUUCUGAGAGAGCCCAUCAGACAGAAGCCGCUCUAAAAUUAAAUUUUCCGGAAUUAAUGGCAAACAGCUGUGUUAAUCAGAUAACAUGCGAGGCAGAUUACAUGGUCAAGCCUUCCUUUCUGGGGAAAACGGAUGUGUGGCCUGAUUAUACAGAAAACUGUUGCUUAACUUCAAAAACUGCAGAUGAAGACUAAAUAAACAACAUCAGUGCUGCAUGCUGAGUCAAAGGCAAAGAGGACUAGUAAGAGAUGAAGGUUAAACACAUGCUGGUGCCUCCUAGUGGCUGUAAUUUCCAUUACACAGCAAAAGAAAAGCUAACCUUGGAAGUUGAUUCGGCAGUACAAUCCUAAUUUUAAACUACAGAGCAAAGCACAAUGGUCCUGUGCGAUAAGGACAAGGGUUUGAGUGCAUUUGAGGCUCUAGCAUGUUAGCUAUCUGGGAUUUUAAAAAAAUGGUAUAAGUAGUUGAGACUUCUAGAAUUCUCAGCCUUUUUUCUAAAAAAGUAGCUAGCACUGUCUCAAAAGUAGGGCUGCUCGAUUAUGGCAAAAAUCAUAAUCUCGAUUAUUUGGGUCAAUAAUUGAUAUCACGAUUAUUAAAAACGAUUAUCCAUUUACUUUGAAAACAUCCAUUUAUUGAAAACAAA